AAAUUCAGUAAUGGACUCUCUUCCUCUUUUCCGAGGCCAGUUCUUUUGAUUUGCAGAAAAUCGUAUAUGUUGAUUUUAUAUAGUGGAUAACGAAAAAGUCGGAAGGCGAUGGCGACGGCAGCCAAGCAUGGGUUCACCCAAGAUAUGCCACCCAAAGGUGGUUACGGGCCCAUCAAUUGGGAAAGGCUUAAGUUGAAGACGGUUUUUAAUUGGAAACUGACUGUUGCGCUUUGGGCCGGAGCUUCUGUUAUCGGUUUUACCGGAUACUUCUUCAAUUACAAACAAGUCAAGAGAGAAGAGCUUGAGAUGAGAAGUGCUCGAAACUGUUUACUGCCGAUCUUAAUGGCAGAAAGAGAUAGAGCAUUCUUGAAACAAUUGCGCAUCAACCGUGAUGAGGAGAGAGAAUUGAUGAAGAAUGUACCCGAGUGGGAUGUAGGCACAUACUUUAGGGAGCCAAUUUACAUAACCAUGCCAGACAAAUUUCAUUCACCUGAUUAUUUUGAAUUCAUGGCUCACGCAGACUACAUUGAUACUUGCUACCGUGUUUUCCGUCGUCACCUGAUGUAAAAUUAUAGUAUAAAAUUUGUUUACAUAAUAGAAAAUAUUCAUCUUGUACAAUACAAAGGUGAAUCAAUGUUAAUAAAAUCAACUUAUUAAAGCUAUUGUUUUUAUUUACAAUUAACAUAC